AAUGUUAACAAUAACAAUAACAGUUAUUUCCCCCCAGGAGGGUUUGCAUUUUUAGUCGCUGUGCGUCUCAAUAGCUAAUACAUUACUUGAAAUAAUUUAUAUACUUAACCUAUUCGAUUGGAUAAUAUAGAAAAUUAAAUUCCAGGAGAAUCAAACAUGUCUUUAACCAUCGCUCCUGUCAAAUGCGAGGAGAAGAAAGAUGAGCAGCAGCAUAAGUCGGCAUGGUUUCAAUUCAUGAAGUCUGUCGCCACAUUUAGAGGCGAUCUCACGUCACUAACGGCACCGCCCUUUCUACUUGCUCCUAUGUCCAUAGUCGAAUAUAGCACCUACUGGUCUGAGCACCCGCGCCUUCUCGUAUCUCCUACAAGAGAAGAGUGUCCCAAGAGGCGGGCCUUGCUCGUUCUCCAGUGGUUCCUCAGCACCCUGAAGCAUCAGCAUGCAAGCAGAGACGAAAAUGGUAGGAGAAAGAAGAUGAAGCCCCUGAACCCAUUUCUAGGAGAGAUAUUCUUGGGCAAAUGGGUGGACGACGUCGGAACCACUCACCUCAUAACCGAGCAAGUUAGCCACCACCCCCCGGCAACUGCGUACCGGAUCUGGAAUGAUGCAUAUGGCGUCAAGCUUGAGGGUCAUAUCUCGCCGAAAGCUUACUUUUCGUCUACAAUAAAUAUAGAAAGACAGGGCUACGGCAUCUUGCACAUAGACAAGUACGACGAAGACCACUGGAUCACGAUGCCGAAAGUCCACGUCGAAGGGAUUGUCACUUUCCAGAUAGCCCCAGAACUCAGUGGUGUUUCUCAUAUCCGCAGCUCCUCCGGUUACACGACAUGCAUCAACUACUCUUCCAAAGGCUGGCUGAAGGGCAAAAGUAACUCAUUUACCGCCUCUAUAUACCAAGAUAAUGAUGAAAGCCAUCCCAUAUAUACUCUAGAAGGCCGAUGGAGCGAUUCAUAUACCAUUAAGGACGGCAAGGGGAAGUUGCUGGAAACUGUUGAUCUUGGUUCAUUACGCAGAACACCCUUCCAGGUUGCUCCAGUUGAGUUACAGCACCCUCUCGAAUCCAGGCGAGCAUGGAAACCCGUUAUUGACGCUAUCAAUGCCAACGACAUUUUCACGACAGGGCACGAAAAGAGUAAGAUCGAAAACGCGCAGCGUGUGCUACGCAAGAUGGAAAAGGAGGCGGGCGAAACCUGGACGAGGCGGUACUUCACCCAGGUCGAAGAGGAUCCUAUAGCGGAAAAGCUUGCGAUCAAGGGUAUAAAUGCAACAGCAGAUAGACAUGGUCGAAUGAUCUGGAAGUUUGACGACGAAAAGUAUAAGAGGAUCUUGGAGAACCAGCGCAACGGUAUUAAAAGUCCUAUCCGUUCCCGAUUUGAUUCCGGAGUUGGAUUCUUGGAGAUAGAAGAGGUAUAGAUUGGGCUACAUUGACUAUAGAUCUCUUAACAAUUACUAUUUGGGUAGCGGGUAUGUCGAUACAACCAAGGAUUAUUGAUACCACGCCGACAAAUUGGGAUAUACG